AAAACCAAAACAGGAACAAGGGAAAGGAACCACAAUUCGGUAUCGGCCUCGCUCGGUUGCAGUUAUGUUUCUUUUUUGAUUAUGCUGUUCGGUGGGGGAUUCCAUAGAGGAGGUGAUGAAAUGAAGCUUCUCAGGAGAGUGAGGGAAGUUCCUCGAUGAGGGUAACGUAGCUUAGGGACGAUGAAUGAAACCAGAGGCACGGCCGUUCGUUUAUUUUAGAAAUCAGAUGGUCGAACGAGGGGAUCGCAGUUGGCGAGGCGUACGGUACGCGAUAAACAGUCAGUAUUGGUGUCGUGUUGUGAUGUAUGGUUUAGUUUCACUGGUGCUGUUCAGUUAUGACCGAAAUACAAAAUCUGCCGGUUGAGAUCAUGUGCUGCGUGUUUGACAAGCUUUCGGCCCAUGAAAGACGCCCUCUGCAUCUGGUGUGUCGAAAUUGGUAUGAAAUGUUGACCACCAAGCACUAUCUUCUACAAAGGCGCCUUCGAGUGGAUCCCGACAAUGUGGACGCUAUCGUUGAAGACUGGCUGGCCAAGUUUCCUUGCAUUACAAUUCGCGACGUUGACGCUAGCCCCAAGUCGCUUAUUCGAAAAAACUUUCUAAAUUCUUUAAGAAAGAUAGUGUUCAAAGCCGACGUCAUUCCUCAGAUAGAAGAGUUAAGUCUGGAAAGCGUACAAAGUGACCUGCUUAUAGAAUUAUUCGGGGAAACAUGUGAAACAACUCGAUUUCCAAAUCUCACAAGACUCUCCAUUGAUUGCAUAGAAUAUGGCCACUUAUCGAACAAUGUUUGGAACUUUCCUGAAAACCUCAUUCAUCUAACAAUACACCUUAGUAGAAAGGAAGAAAUUACAUUAGUAGAAGCGCUCGCCAAACAGCUGCAUGAAUUAAAAAUCGAAUGUACGAAUCUUCCAAUCUUGCUACAGUGCUGUGACAUUCCCGAUUUUCAUCGCCUGCACACCCUCAAGCUAGCUUCGGACACUUUUUUCCCGGAGCGAUUUUCCCCUAGCCAACAGCUAGGGGACAAUUUCGUUCGAACUUUGCGCAGGCUACGGUCUCUGGCACUUGUCUUUCGUCACAACGAUUUCUUGCAUGGAUAUACGGCCGUGCUGCAGAACUGCCAGAAGCUGAAGGCGUUAUCGAUUUUUGGAGCGGACUUGAACCUGGAAGCGUGCAAUAGGAUAGCUGAAAUAGCAAAUUUGAAGAGACUGGAACUGCUGAUCCGUAUCGAAAAGGAUCAACAACUGAACUUAUGGAAUCUGGAGAAACUACGCAGCCUUCACACGUACGUCCGAAGCUUAGCGCCAAUUGGAGAAAAUCUUCCGUCGCUGCACACAAUUCGGAUCUCAAACCAUACAAUUCGCGAGGGUAGGUUCGGUGUUAAGACACUAGAACGUAAUUUUAUUGAGCGCUACUUCAGCCAUUUUGAAUCGAUCGAAAAGCUGAUCCUGUACGACGUCUACCUCGAGGAAGAUCUGCUGCUCCAGUUUCCGAAGAUGAAAGUUCGAGAAAUGAUUCUGCGCUGCGUUCGCACGAGCUCCCUGGUCCUGGACAUAAUUCACGAACGAGCGCCCGAAAUUUUGGAUGUCUACUUCUGGGAUUGCUGCUUUCUGGUCAGCCCCCGGGCCAAAAUUCCGUCCUUCGAAGCGCUUGGCCGUCUGUUGCCCAGGGUUCGAAUUUCGCAUUCCAGUAGCAAGAUCAUCGCCUUGGAAUAUGGCCAGAUCCUUUCCUGAAGUUUUUUUUGUCUACCAGUGAUGCUCGAUUUUCCCCCGAAAGCAAUGAAUAAUAAUAACUGCCGCAAUGAUCGAAUAUCAUCGCUCGAAAAAGUGGUUCCAAUGAAGGCUGGAUUUGGACAAACAGAAAGGUAAAAUACGACGAACCCAUCAAAGUACAGUUAUUUGCCAGAAUCCGAAACUGCCACCGUUUUGUCCGGAGCAAGCCAAAAGUCCAUCGGAAAAGACAACACCUUAUAGAUAUCUUGAUGCUGAGUUCCUCGCCGUCCGUCCAUCUCCAUAUACAUAUGUAGUAAAAGCAUAAAAAACAUUAGCCAAAGCUGAAAAUUACUGCGAUCACGAUCGAUUGAUUGGCUACCGAAAUGCGCCCGUCCAAAAGAAUCCGACCGAAGAACGAGACGAGAGCUGUGAGCUGUGUGUGAAAAGCCGGGGAGGAGAUUAAUAAAAAAAUAUAAAACACUGUGCUCCAGAAAGCAGAAAACGGCCAAGAAAUGUGUGUGUAUGAUAUUAAUGGGGAUUUUGUUGCUGCCAUCGUCGUUGAGUAGCAUUAUCAGAAAUUAGAAAAUCAAUCAGUACCUUUUAGGCGUUUUUCGACUGAUUGAGUCUAAUUUAAAUAUUUAUGAGGUGUUUUGUGGUUUGGAUGUGAAUACCUAGCUAGCAGCUAUUAGGGAUUUGUUCAGUAAGCUGAAACAUUUUGAAAAGAGUUUUGAACCAUCAAUAUUGACAAUGAUUACUAUGCAGAUAAUGCUUUUGAAAUUUUUCAAUAGAUCUUC